CCCUAGAGUUAAACCAAAGGGCAGUGUAAAGAAAAGAGUCGUCGCAUCUUUUUUUCUUGGGUGACUUCUGACUCGAAAACGCAAAAGCACUCAUUUGAAACAUAUGCCAAUUACAACUCUCUUUAUCAACUAGCCAAAAAUUGAUUGAGAAUGAUGCACAAAAACUUUUAAGAUGGUGAGAGGAGAACUCGCGGAUGUCGCGGCUGGUAAAGGCGAAGGCGCCUUUAUCUUACUCUACAUUUGGGCAGCAUUUAUGGCUUUCUCCGUCAUAGCAACAGUGAUUUUCUCAUGUAGCGACGGAGCUUCUAAACCUCACACUACUGAAGACGUUAAUGGCUCUGCGUGUGCGGCAGGCUGCGGUGGUGGUUGUGGAGGUUAAAAGGGAGACAUCUUUUUUGUUCACUUAAGUAAUAUUUGAAGAGUAACCAUGUUGUCUUCUUGCGUUAACAAAAAUAUUUAAAAGUAUGUAGAUAAUGUGGAGGCUGUGAAUGUUUUCUCCUUCUUGAAUGUAACAAUGUGUUGGUCUAAUUGGCUUUCGAUAAUUCAAGGACAGAAUUAGUAUUGUGUUUUC